UAUCUAAAAGCUUAAAAUAUCAAAUCCGAGGAGAAAAGAAAACUAAUCUAUUAUUUAACCAUGAUUUGGAAUUCAUUGACGAAAAUUUUCUUUUUAGAAAGUUCAACUGGAUAUUUGGCUCUGUUUAUUGCUUUCUCAUUUGUAUUGUUAAGUUAUUUUAUUAAUGUUUGGCUCAAUUUGUUAAAAAGAGUGCAUAGUUUGCCUGGUUUGAAGCUGAAAUGUUAUCAUGUACUAGGACACGCAACUAUUUUAUUUUCUCAUAGAUUUAAAAAGAGAUUUAAGAAGAUGGGAAUUGUGUCAUCACAUGUCCGCGAUUUCGAGGUCAUGUGUGGUCAUCAUCACUUAUUUUCUCAUGAGGGAUUAUCAUCUACAUGGUAUUUGUUUCAUGAAAUUACAAUUUUCAAAGCUGAUGUUGUCGAACUUAUUCUAAAUAGCAGCAAAGAAAUCAAGAAAGCUUGGUUUUAUAAAUUUAUAGAACCAUGGUUGGGACGUGGAGUGCUGACGAGCUAUGAUGAGAAAUGGAAAAUUAGACGAAAGUUAUUGACUCCAGCUCUCCACUUCAGUGUUUUGAAAGAAUACUUACCAAUUAGGAACAAACAUGGGAGAAUUAUAAGAGACAACUUGAGCACUUCCACAGAAGAAGAAUUUAUAAACAUUUACCCUUUAAUGGGAAGAAGCAGUUUUAAUAUCAUAAGUGAAUGCGCUUUUGAUAAAGAAAGUCAAACGAAGUCUCAAGAUUUGUAUCUGAGUAAAAUCCAUGAGUUGACAUCUUCGGUUUUCGAAAGAAUUCAUAGGUCUUUACAUUGGAUUGACUUUAUCUACUAUCGUUCCUCUGCUGGCAAAGCAUUUUCGAAAGCUCUAGAAGUAACGCGGGACUUAACAAACAAGAUCAUUUUUCAAAAGAUAAAAGAAAGAAAAGAAAAUAAGCAGAACGCCAUUCCUGUAAAUGAAGAUUCGCUUCAUAAGCAUACGCAAUCCCAGCUCCAGAAAUCAGCAUUCAUGGAUUUACUUGUGGAGGAACAUCUCAAAAAUAAUUCUCUUUCUGAAAACGAUAUUAGGCAAGAAGUUGAUUCCUUUGUAUUUGCAGGUCAUGAUACCACUUCUGUGACGAUGAGCUGGUGUUUAUGGAUGAUAGGCCUUCAUCCAUGGAUCCAAGACAAGAUUCACGAAGAACUAGAUAUCAUUUUUGGGGAAGAUGAUCGAGAAUCAACAGUAGAGGAUUUGAAUAACAUGAAAUAUCUUGAGUGUGUUGUCAAAGAAACUAUGAGAUUAUAUCCUCCAGUUCCUAUCAUUGCAAGGGAGAUAAGAAACGAUAUUCAGUAUGGAAAAUAUACAAUCCCCAAAGAUAGUACCUGCGUUGUAUAUGCUUAUGUGCUUCAUCGUGAUCCGGACGUCUUUCCCGACCCAGAGCGGUUUGAUCCUGAACGAUUCACUGCUGAAAACAGCGCUGGGAGAAAUCCCUUCGCUUAUGUGCCUUUUUCGGCUGGACCCAGGAAUUGUCUAGGUCAGAGAUUUGCUAUGCUAGAAAUAAAGAUUUUAUUGUCAUCAAUUUUGAGGAGAUAUAAAAUGCGCUCUCUAGAUCCCCGAGAUAAAGUUCAUACUCUGGCGGAAAUGGUCCUGAGACCUUCGAAUGGGCUGCGCAUUCAAGUUCGAAGAAGGGACCAGAGUUUUGAUUUUCAUUCUGUUUAUUAUCGCCCACCAGAAGAAUCUCUUGUUUCUCAAUUAAAAAUUACUUAAACCUCAAAUUUUUCUACUAAAGAAAGAGAGAAUAAUUUCUGUGAUAUAGAAUAGUAUGUAAAUAUUGAAUGAUAAAAAUUAAAAGGCAUACUUUGAGCUGUAUUAAAGAAAAAAAUGUAAUGCAUAAUCAAUACUUGAUAAUUGAUCGAUACUUGAAAAUCUGAUUUAUGAGAUAAUUUUAUAUCUUUAUUAUUUAUAUCUUCAUUAUUUUUAUAUCUUUAUUAUUUAUAUUCUUUAAGUUGACCAAAAGCUCUCAGUAAGGUUAAAAAAUAUCAUCAACGUUUCAGCUGUCAUAAAAUAAACCUAUUCAA